CGACGACCGCUGUUCGGAGAGCACGAUCCACGCCCAACAGCAUUAUUGCCACGGCAUACGCGAUUCUGGCCGUGCAUUUCCCAUCGCCCGUGUUGGUCAGCACAAGUCCUUCCAUCUUUGCCGGGUGGUGUAGAAGAGGCCUGCUCAAUGGAUUCAUAGCUCCAACACUCCAUCGCGUGUAAUUUCAUAAAAAGAGCUCACGAGCCGCAGUCAUGUUUCGCACGGCAUCUCGCGCGCUUCGGACCCAGCGCAGCCUCCUCCAUCGUCCCGCCGUGUCUACGAUACCGCGUGCUCUGUCAUAUGGAGCCGCUCACAUGGCUUCGACCCUGACACCCGUCAAUCCUCCUCUCCCAGGCACGAACCCAGCCGAAGCCUUCCAGCUUGCCCGAGAGUCAGAAAAGCCGGAUCUGGAGCAACAACUCUUCGACGAGCAGAUCCAGCAAGUCAAGCAAUGGUGGGCGAGUCCGCGGUACAAGGGCAUUAAGCGACCCUACACGCCUGAAGAUGUCGUCAGCAAGAGAGGCACACUGCAGCAGGUCUAUCCUUCGAGCUUGACGGCACGCAAGCUAUUCAAUUUACUGGAAGAGCGAGCUGCUGAGGGAAAGCCAGUGCAUACCAUGGGAGCGAUCGAUCCCAUCCAAAUGACACAGCAAGCUCCCCACCAAGAGAUCCUCUACGUCUCAGGAUGGGCCUGCUCGUCGGUACUGACUACAACCAACGAAGUCAGUCCAGACUUUGGCGACUAUCCAUACAAUACCGUGCCAAACCAAGUGCAACGACUUUUCAAGGCGCAACAGCUGCACGACCGACGACACUACGAUGAGCGAAUGAAGCUCAGCCCAGAAGAGCGAAAAAAGAAGCCAUACAUCGAUUAUCUGCGGCCCAUCGUGGCAGACGGUGACACAGGACAUGGAGGACUGAGCGCGGUGCUUAAGCUUGCCAAGCUGUUCGCGGAGAAUGGCGCCGCAGCAGUUCACUUCGAGGACCAAUUGCACGGAGGUAAGAAGUGCGGCCAUCUCGCUGGCAAGGUGUUGGUGCCGUUUGGAGACCACAUCAACAGACUUGUCGCAACACGCUUCCAGUGGGAUCUGAUGGGAUGCGAGAACCUGGUCAUUGCUCGCACUGACAGCGAAAGUGGCAAGCUGAUUUCCUCCGCCAUUGACACGAGGGAUCACGAAUUCAUCCUGGGCGUGACGGAAGAUGUUGAGCCUCUCGCGGACACAUUACAGACCAUGGAAAUGGAAGGCGCAUCUGGCCCUGAAAUCGACAAGUUUGAGGCCGAGUGGGUAAAGAAGCACAAAUUGGUCACCUUUGACGAGGCUGCCGAGGCUCACAUCAAAGCUUCUGGCAAGGACGCGGAGGCGUAUUUAAAGCAGGUUCGAGAAAACAGGAACUUGCCUUUGCACAAGCGUAGACAGGCAGCGGCGGCGGUCGCAGGGUCGCCUGUCCUGUUCAGCUGGGACGUCCCACGGACCCGCGAAGGCUUUUACCACUACAAGGCUGGCCUUGCGGCAGCCACCAAGCGUGCAAUCGCAUUUGGACCAUACGCAGAUCUGCUGUGGCUCGAGACUAAGGACCCCAAUGUGAAGGAGGCAGCAAGCUUUGCGAAGGAGAUCAGAGACGUCUUGCCUGGCAAGAAGCUGGUGUACAACCUCUCGCCCAGCUUCAACUGGUCUGCACAUGGUUUCACAGAUGCACAGCUCAAGAGCUUCAUCUGGGAUUUGGCUGAGCAUGGAUUUAUCCUACAGCUCAUCUCAUUAGCAGGUUUGCACAGCACUGCUACCAUCACACACGAACUCGCCCGGGCAUACAAGACGGAGGGUAUGAAGGCGUAUGUCGAGACUGUGCAGCGAAGGGAGAAGGAGACCGGCUGCGAUGUGCUCACACAUCAGAAAUGGUCCGGCGCAACGUAUCUGGACGGCAUUAUCGGCGCCAUUCAAGCCGGCAGCAGUGGCAGCAGGAGUAUGGGUGAAGGCAAUACCGAGGGACAGUUCUAGUUUCCAGCACGCGUAGACAGCCGAAAAUUGUACAGCUAUGUUCCGUGCGGCAG